GUUUGGGUGAGUGUUGUUUCUACUUUUUACAAUUUUAAAGUAAAAAAUGAAAUAUUUUCCACCUAAAAAAAAAUGUUAAAGCUUUAAGAUCUCAGAAACACACAGAGAGACACAGAAACAGAGAGGAGUCAGGUGAGGAUGAUGGUGCAGUUGGUGUUAUUGUACAAAGCCCCACUCCUUCACGCUUCGCUCUCCCUCUUCCUCGCGUUCUUCAUCGCAUUCUUCAGGCUCCCAAUUCUCUUCCUCUACGCUCUCCAAACCUACAUCCACCCCGAUGCCCAACCCUCCACCUCCAACGGCCUUCGUGCUGCCAUUCGCCGCCCUAGCGCCCCCGAAGGCCCUGCUCCCGACCUCAGAAAGCGGCCCAAGAAUAAGGACAAGCUCGAUUUCGAUGAGAAGAAUGCCCAGAUCUUCAGGCUCAGGCUCGACCAUGCUCACCUUCAAUCCCGCCUCUACAUCGAUCAAUACUGUGUUGCGUUCACCGUCUCCUUCGUUACCCUCUCUUCCCUCUUCCUUCACUCUUACUUGGGUUCCGAUACCAAUUCUGGCUUCUUCGUGAGUGGUGCUUUCGUUCCGAUUCUGUUGUCAAGUUUGAGCCUUUACAUGUGGGUCAUGAUGCUUGCGAGGCUCACUUUCGAGAGAUCCGCGUCCAGGAGAUCCGAGAAGCAGCUCAGUGUUCUUUUUGGUGUUUUCGGGAUUUUUGUGGGGAUUUUGGGUUUGGAUCACACCUCUUCGUUGCUUUUAGACCUCCAUUUUGCUGGUCUUGAUGGGUUCUGGAAGGUUCUCCUUGCUGCAUUCAUGGGAUUCCUUUCAUUGGUGUUGUUCAUUCCUGCU